CCAGGAGGCAGCUGAAAUAACCACUGUCCUCAGAAGACGUUUUUUAAGAACAAAGAGGAUUCUACCCACUGGAGCCCAAAUAGACUCCCAUCCACCAUGACUGCCAUCAGGCUUCGAGAAUUUAUUGACCGCCGCCCAGUGAUCCCAUCCAGUGUAUUCAUCGCUCAUCAGGGAAAGGACAUCCAAGGAUAUUACCCCGGGCAGCUGGCAAGAGUUCACUUCGAUUCUAGUGUGAAGAGACUUCCCAGACCUCUCAUAGACUUGACAAUUCCACCCAAGAGAAAAAGCCAGUAUCAGCCUCAAUUAGACCAACAAACUCUUAUUCAAUACAUUUGUUUUCGAAGACAUUCAAGGCCCGCUGAACCAUGGUAUAAAGAAACUACCUACCAAAGGGACUAUUCUCUGCCAUUUUACAAUAUCGGUUCGAACAGGAAAUUAGCCACAGUUUCAUCGAACCCUAGGCCACUCAAUUCUCUGCCAGAGCUCGACUGUUGUGAAGAGAGGCAGUUUUGAAAGAAAACCUUUUAAAUUUAAAAUCACCAUGGCAUUUGAACAAAACAGCAUUUGGAGUUCUUACGUGACUCUUUUAGAUUAAAAUAAAGAUAACAGGACUACUUUUGACUGAAGUGUGUAUGUAUACAGAAGCCUACAAUCUGAAACAUUCACCUGCUGCCAAGUCUCUCCAGACCAAGGUGAUCAGCGCAACGCAGGGAAUCACGAGUCAAGUAUAAGUGAGCCUGUCAUCAGCUGUCACCUCAGUUCCACCACCAGACUUGGUGCUGGUGCCGGCAAACCACCUUACAUUUAAGCCAAAGGCUUAAUGCAGGGGGCCAGGUCAGAAUAUAACCGGCUCAAUAACUGCAUUACUCACUAUUAGAAGAAAAAAAAAAAAAAACAAUCUGGGAAGUAGCCAGAAAGGUAGACUGCUAGCCACCACAGACCCUAAAGUGCUCUGGAUGCAGAAACACAGAUAUGGCUUAGGGCUGUAGUGAGUUAUGGGAGGUAAAAAAAAAAAAAAAAAAAGAGAUGAAUUGAAAGUCUGUACGCAGAGAGUUAAUGAGUUAAUACCCCUAUCUUAACAACUGGGCAUCAGUUCCCCAGGUAAAAAGCUAGAGGGUCUCUCCUACAGAAAUGAAUGAUUCCAAAGAAAAGAAUCCUACAUCCUGGCCCCUAGCAGCCCCCAUACCCACCUCCCUCGAAUACCAGUGGUUCCCUACGCAACACCCCAAAGUGAACAGACGUCCCCCCGCAGAACACAAUUUUUAGGUAGUUUUCCACGGCCUUAGUCGUAGAUGUGAAGAGCCAACCGAGGAUCACCAGAGAGUUGGAAAAAUAAAGAAACAUGGAAGACUAAGACCAAAAUAAAGAGAAGUGACCCCAAAGGCAAUACCAAGGAAUCGAUAAUCAGCCAACAAAGUAACAUUGUCAUCCGACAAGGGAUGCGUCCAAAUAAUUACAUCCACACGCAUGAAAAAGCAAUCUUUCCAAAGCUCUUGGAAAUUAAAAGCGUGAUUGCUAAAAAUUAAACGUUGGACAGUACUGGAAGAAAACUCUGAAAAACUCUACAUGGAACGGAAAGGUGAAAGAAAGACUAAAUAAAGAGACACAGACCUAAUCAAUCAGGGGGUCCACCUAGCUAGCAAGCUAACAAGCAUCCUAGUGACAGAACAGAGAAAAUUAGAGGAAAUCAACAAGAAAGCGUUUUCACAGAGCUGAGGACCAGGAAGCCGCUCAAAUGCAAGGGUCUCGGCUGUGGCCAAGCAUAGGAAACCACAGAAAAUAAAAAUAACCAACUUUUGGUUUCA